AUGAGCAGUGGCCGGCAAAUGGUGUCCGAUGUGCAUGUACACCCCAACGGUUGCCACAUUUAUCUGCUGCCGCCCCUCACCUCCAGACUUCAGUUUAGGCCCAAGUUGCUGGUUUAUGAGGCAAAAGAAGAGCUGAACAAGUUCGGAGCGCGAAAAAAAGAGGGCCAGGAUGGGGGAGAAGAGGAGACUCGGAAGAAGCCUAAUUUGCCGGAAGGAGAUGAGGCUAAUUAUGGUCCGGCAGAACAGAUCGUCUGUCUGGAGGCAGCGCACACUUUCCAGUUGCCCAGUGCUCGUCACAUCCAUCGCGAUCGCCACUCAGCCGAGAAGAGUAGGCCGGACUUGGGCAGAUGA